GUUGGCGUGUGCGUGGCCUGUGGCGGGUGGUGAGCGGUCCCUCGGUCCCCGGCGGUGAGCGGGCGCUCGGUCCUCGGUACCCGGCGGGCGGUGAGCGGUCCCCCGGUACCCGGCGGGCGGUGAGCGGUCCCCCGGUACCCGGCGGGCGGUGAGCGGUCCCCCGGUACCCGGCGGGCGGUGAGCGGGCGCUCGGUCCCCGGUACCCGGCGGGCGGUGAGCGGGCGCUCGGUCCCCGGUACCCGGCGGGCGGUGAGCGGGCGCUCGGUCCCCGGUACCCGGCGGGCGGUGAGCGGGCGCUCGGUCCCCGGUACCCGGCGGGCGGUGAGUGGGCGCUCGGUCCCCCGGUCCCCAGCGGUGAGCGGACGCUUGGUCCCCGGCGGCGGGCGCCAUGGGCAAGCUUAACGUGGUGCUGCUGAGGUACCUCAGUCGGGAUGACUUCAGGGUGCUGGUCGGGGUUGAAAUGGGAAUGAAAAACCAUGAAAUUGUUCCUCCCAGUCUUAUUGCUUCAAUUUCAAAUCUUAAACAUGGUGGAUGCAACAAGAUCCUGCGUGAAUUGGUAAAACACAAACUAUUAGCUUACGAGCGAACAAAAACUGUGCAGGGUUAUCGGUUGACGAAUACUGGAUAUGAUUACCUAGCCCUGAAAACACUUUCUUCUCGAAAUGUCCUAAAUUCUGUUGGAAACCAAAUGGGUGUCGGCAAAGAAUCUGAUAUUUAUAUAGUUGCAAAUGAAGAGGAGCAGCAGCUUGCUUUAAAGCUACAUAGAUUGGGUCGUACAUCAUUUCGGAAUUUGAAGAAUAAACGUGACUACCACAAACAUAGACAAAAAAUGUCCUGGCUUUAUCUCUCCCGCCUUGCAGCAAUGAAAGAAUACGCAUAUAUGAAGGCAUUGCAUGAUCGAGGAUUCCCUGUUCCCAAGCCAGUGGAUUUCAAUAGACAUGCAGUAGUCAUGGAGCUCUUAAAUGGUUAUCCCAUGUGCCAAGUUCAUCAACUUAAUAAUCCGGCAGCAACAUAUAAUGAGUUAAUGGACCUUAUUGUGCAGCUUGCUAAUCAUGGUUUAAUACAUGGUGACUUCAAUGAAUUCAAUUUGAUGCUAGAUCAUGACGAUCAUGUCACAAUGAUUGAUUUUCCACAGAUGGUAUCUACAUCUCAUAUAAAUGCUGAAUGGUAUUUUGACAGAGAUGUUAAGUGUAUCCGUGAUUUUUUUAUCAAGCGCUUUAAUUACGAAAGUGAGCUUUAUCCAACGUUUAAGGACAUCAGGAAGGAGGCUUCACUGGAUGUGGAGAUAGAAGUUAGUGGUUUCACUAAAGAGCUCCAAGAAGAUGCAGCGCUGCUAGAUGCUUCAGACCCUGAAGAGGAAGGUGCUGAGAAUGAACUUUCAGAAGAUGAUGUGGAUGAAGAAAUUAAAUAUUCAAACAGAACAACAGAAAGCAAGGAUUUGCAUGCCAGCAAUAAAACUAAUUCUGAAGAUUCUCCUACUUCUAAUUGUAAGGUGAUUGAGCAAACGUACAAGGAAUAUUCAGACAGUAAUGAAAUUGAAAGUGUUAAUCUGGUCACACUGAAAAUAAAUGAUGAAGUUGAAAGACAGUGUGCUGAAGUGGCUGGUGCUGUUGAACUUCCUGGAGAUGCUAAUAAACAUUAUCUUGAACAUGUGACUGAAAUGGUGCAUCAGAUAGACCAGAGUGAUGCUGUUCCAACAGAUGAAGAAUGCCCAGACUUAAUUGAUAUGUCCACUCACAACAAGGAGUUUAAACCUUUCAGGGAUGAAUGGAUGGAUUCUCAUGAGCGCAGAGAGAGAACCACCAGUGUGAGUUCUGCAGGCAGCUUGUUGAGUACUUCAACAAUCCCACCAGAUGUGAUCAAACGAAAAGUUAAACAACAGCUCACCAAGCAGCAAAAGGCUGCAACAAGACGACGUCUACAAAAGGGAGAAGCCAACAUCUACACGAAGCAGCGGCGAGAAAAUAUGCAGACCAUCAAAUGGAGUGCGGAAGCACAAGAUUUUUGGGGUUAGAAGAGCCUUUUAGGAGCUCUGUAAUCCUAUUUAGCUACACAAAUCCAGUGAAAAUUAACUUGUACCGAUUCUGUAUUUAAAUUUCAAAGUCCUAUGCACAGUGCAAUAUAAAGUUAUUCAUUCAAUUUGGAACUGACAGGGAGCACAUGAAUUUAAUGCUAGGCUGAUUUUAGGAGUUUGCAUCCUAAUCUAUACUACCAACCCCAUGGAAUGAUCAAACUGGGGAAUCCUGGAGAGAGCUUCUUUUCUCUUCAGGUGACAUCAUACCACAAAUUAUUUUGAGUUUUGUUCUAUGAAUCUUAUUUUCCUUAAAUCAUUUGUUUUGUAUUUGAAUUCUCAAUGGAAUGUUAAUUUGAUAAAAAUCAAAAUUUUGAGAUUUGAUGUACUGGAUCAACAAAAUUGAAAUAAAUCUAUUUCAUUA